AUGAUGUCCUACAUUAAGCAACCCCAUUACGCCGUGAACGGGUUAACGCUGUCCGGCCCGGGCAUGGAUCUGCUCCACUCCGCUGGCGUUGGAUAUCCAAACACCCCGCGUAAACAGCGUCGGGAACGCACCACCUUCACACGCGCUCAGCUGGACAUCUUGGAGGCUCUGUUUUCCAAAACCCGGUACCCAGACAUCUUCAUGAGGGAGGAGGUGGCCCUGAAGAUCAACCUGCCCGAGUCCAGAGUGCAGGUCUGGUUCAAGAACCGCCGUGCCAAGUGCCGGCAGCAGCAGCAGCAGAGCACGGGCCAGUCCAAGCCACGGCCCCCUAAGAAGAAGGCGUCCCCUGCCCGUGAGUCCAACGCCGAGGCCAGUGCCAACCCCAGCAAUGGAGCCUACAGCCCCCAGCCCCCUCCUCCCGGCACCUCCAUCACCCCCAGCUCGAGCUCGGCUAGUGCCACGGUGUCCAUCUGGAGCCCGGCCUCCAUCUCUCCGCUGCCAGACCCCAUGUCUGCCUCAAACACCCCCUGCAUGCAGCGCACCACCGCCUACCCCAUGACCUACAGCCAGGCCCCCGCCUACAGCCAGAGCUACGCGGGGACCUCCUCCUACUUCACAGGCCUGGACUGCAGCUCCUACCUGUCCCCCAUGCACCCGCAGCUGUCGGGCACCGGAGGAGCCCUGAGCCCCAUCACGGGCUCCUCGAUGGGUGGGCCCCUCAGCCAGUCCCCGGCCUCGCUCACCUCACAGGGCUACACUGCUGCCUCCUUGGGUUUCGGAGCAGUCGACUGUCUAGACUACAAGGACCAAGCUGCCUGGAAGCUCAAUUUCAAUGCCACUGACUGUCUGGACUACAAGGACCAGAACUCCUGGAAGUUCCAGGUCUUGUAA